CGCCAUUGGAGCUGGUAUGGUAGCAGCUCUUACUAAUGAAAGUGCCACGAGCAAGUCAGUAUACUUUGCACAUUGUACAUCUGAGAUGAUAUUCAUUACACAUCUCCUGUCGGAAGGACCCGAGAAGCUUGCAGGUCCUCUUCUGGCUGAUACAUAUGUUACCCUGUUGAAAGGUCGUAAUGCUUGGUAUGGCCAAAAGUUGGCCAAGGGAGAAAUUAGCCUUGAUAUGGGUGACAGCAUCAAGGGAAAGGGAAUGAUACAGGGAGUUUCAGCAGUAAAAGGCUUCUAUGAGCUACUAAGUCAGUCCAGUUUAAAUGUUUAUCACCCUGAUGAAAAUAAACAUGUUGCUCCUGUUGAACUUUGUCCCUUGUUGAAGACAUUGCACAAAAUACUGAUAGUGAGGGAGGUUUCAUCAGAGGCAAUACUUCAGGCUUUGAGAGAUGAAACUAUGAAUGAUCCGCGUGAUCGUAUUGAGAUUGCACAAACCCAUGCCUUCUACAAACCUUCAUUACUUGGGCAGUAGCCUUUAUUAAGAGGCCUUUGCACACCGCCAUCUUGAAGAUUGUUGUAUCAUGUUUUUUCAUUUAUUCAAUCUUUUGCUUCAGAAGUCUCCUUUUCGCUUCUUGAAAAUUCUUCUAAGGAACAUGAGUCCAAUAUUUGAUGAAUCUUGUAAGAGUUAAAUAGAUGAUUCAAUCUUUAGAGAUUAAUAA